GUAAAAUUUCCUACUCUUUCCAUUUCUGGGGUCAAAAAUGUGUUCCCAUUGAAAAAAACGGACUUGACCUCCAAAUGACUUUGAAGGUCAAGGUCACAUCUGAGGUCACCAACUUAUUGCCCCCUUGACAUCCUACAACUUUUGUCUAUACAUUUUUCCAAAAUAAUGAGAUUCAAUUAAGAUAUUUCAUUGUCUCAAGAUAAAAAAAAUACACCCUGUAUAAGGGUAAAGUGAACAAUAAUUGCUUAACUGCAAAAGAUGCAAAUGCUCUCCCAACAGCCUGGAAAUACAUAAUAGAAAAAGAAAUGGGAGUUAAAAACCUGUAAAAAGAUAUGGUGGUUAUGCUUUAACUAGUUUACUCUAUUUAAAAGUGGACUUAAUAAAAACAAAAAAGAAGAAAUGAGAAUAAAGAUCGCUGAAGAUCUAAAGAAGUUUAAAACAAAACAAGGAUACAUGAUGGAUCAAAAGGCUAAGAAGUACAUAGGUAAAUAUAACAGAUUGAAAAAGUUUCUUCAUAGAUUUAAUUUAUGUAUUGUAAAAGCAGAUAAAUCAAGGCAAUUAAUAAUAAUGAAUUUAACAGAUUUAGACAAAAAGAAACAGGAAAUUAUAAAAGAAGGAAAUUUUGAAAAAUUAGAGUUAGAUCCAACAAGUAACAUACAGAAAUUAUUGAAGAAAAUUGUAGGAAAAUUAAUAAAAGAAGGAGUUAUUUCAAUUACUGAAAGUAAAGAACUAUUACCAGGAGAAAAUGUGAGAAUGCCAAAGUUAAAUGUUCGUAUUAAGACACACAAACAAAAUAAAUGCAGACCUAUAGUAGACUUUAAGAUGACCGUGUUAUAUAAUUUAGAGAUAUUUAUAAAGAAAUCAUUACAGGUUAUAUUAAACUCUGAACUUAGUAUAAAAAAUACUGAUAGUUUAAUUUCAAGAUUAGAAGCAGGAAGAAUUUUGCCAGAGUACCGUUUAAUGAGUAUAGAUAUAGUGUCAAUGUAUCCAUCGAUUACAAAAGAAAUGAUUAUACAGAGUUUAAUUAAAGGCGAGUACUUUCGACAAAAGGAUGGAAUAUCCAUGGGCUCGGUGGUCGGCCCAAAGCUGGCAGAGAUUGUUAUGAAAAAUAUAGAUAAAACGUUGCUGAACUUAGGUGGAAUAGUUUUUCUGGCACGAACAACCAGAAGUGAAAAAAGAAUAGAAGAACUCAAAAAAAUAAAUAAGAAGUACUUGUUGAACAAUUAUCCGAAAAGAUUGCUGAGGAACUGGUAUGAUGAAUAUUUAAAAAGAAGAUUUCAAGUAAAGCAACAAAAAGAAAGUAAAAAGUAUGUUUCUUUUCCAUAUAUCCAAGGUAUUUUCGAAAAAUAUAAAAAAAUUUUCUGUGAAAACUUAAUACAAUUGGCUCCAUUGCAAAAAAAUAGAUUAUCUGAAUUAAUUAGAACUGAACCUUACAGAAAGAAAGAUUUAUUGGAAGAAGAUGGAGUGGUUUACAGGCUUCAAUGUACGUGUGGAGUACCGUAUUACUACGUUGGAGAACACUUGGCAGCAGUACGAAAUAAAAUUAAUACAUCCCCGGCUUUAGGAAUUAGAAGAUUAUUCGCCCUAGCGAAUCGUUUAUCCGUUAUACUGAUUCCCCCUGACUCCCUUUUUGAUGAAGAGAUACGUAUUAAUGUCAUUAAAUAA